AUGAGUUUACCAUUUAUAAAUUAAGCUAUUCAAACUAUAUAACAGUUUCCUAUUACCUAACAAACAAAUGAACUUAGAUUAAUUUAUCAAACAUGUUAAUAAUCAUCAAAGUAGUUGGGAAAAUUUAAGAUAGAUAAUACAUUUUGGAAUCAAGACAUCACUAAAGUAGAAAUAGAAAUCUCUAAAAUAUUACAUGAAUUUGGUUAUCGUGUAAAACCUAAUCCCAUUCAUUAAUUUAAUUUUGAUACAUUCCUAUAGAAAAAGGCUCGUCUUAAUAUUACAACUGAAGAUUAUAGAGAAGCUUUGCUAUAGUUUUAUGAAAACUUAUAAGCAAAUUUAUGGAUUAGGAGAAAAUAUCUAUUGAGAUAAAGAAUAGCUUUAUUACAUAAUCCAACUGAAGAUGUUCUAUUCUAUGAUCCAUUAGUUAAAGUUAAAUCAGAUGUUAUUCCAAUAGAAAUGUAUUCAACAGUGAAUUUAGAGAGAAUACAUCCUGAUGAAAAUAAGACUUUAGUUGAUGAAGAAAUAAAAAUGAUUGAUGAAAAGCUUAUAGAAUAUGCAGAAAUAAGUGAAAAACUAUCAAAUGAAAGAAUUUUUGAUCCUUCAAGAUUUGAUUAAGAUAUACCUUAAAUACAAAUAUCAACUGAUGAUGAUCUCAUUUUUGAGAGAAUGAAUAAUAAGAUAUAUUAGAGUAUGCCAUUUAUUACUUAGAAACAUCUAAAAGAGUAUUACAAUUUUAAAUAAAAUCAAAUGGUCAAUAAAUUAGAUGAUUUAGAUACUCAAAUAUAUAUUGAAAGUUUAGAAUCAACAACUUAAGAUAGUACUAUAACUGAAUAUUGCAAUAUGUAUUUGAUUCCUGUAACAAUGCCUUAAUUAUAAUAAGAAUUGCAAUAAUUAGCAUUAGAGUAGGGAGUAGAUUAAGACAUUACUGUUGAUAAUGGUGCUUUAUUUUUGUUUGCUAUUGAUAAACAUUUUAUUCAAAAGAUUUAAGAAUAAAGUAAUAAAUAUUUACUUUUCCUUCCAUACAAUUUAGAUUAAUCUGAAUAAAAAACUAAGAGUUUUUAAUAAUAAACUAUGAAUAUAUUAAAUGAAUUGAAAGAGGAUAAGAUAAGGAAGAAUUAAUAUAGAAUCAGAAGUAGUGCUCAUUGGUUAGAUAAUAUUUAAAUUAUAUAAGAGAAGGAAGAUACUGAAAUGAAUUUGAUAUUUAAUUAAUACGAAGAUAGUUCUAUAAAUUCUUGGAUGAAAUUCUUGUUAUAUCAUGAAUCUGAUAAGAUAUAAGAUAAAAUCAAUAAGGAUGUUUCUUUAGUUUAAGAGAAAGUGUAAUCUACUUAUUUUCCAGAGAUUUAUUUUUAAUUUUUCUUAAGAUAUUAGAAAUUAUUAUAUUUAGAGUCAAGAGAGUCUUUAAUUUAGAUUAUGCAUUGUUAUAAUGUAAUGAGAACAAUGUAGAAGAAUUUAAAUAUAUAUUUUAUUGAUUUGCAUCAAUUAUCUAGUUAAUUGACAAAAGAGAGAAUACAGAAGAAAUAAUAAAAUACAUUGAAUGCAUUUAUAACAAGUUUAGAUUCUAAGGAAACAAUACCUUAGGAAGAUACUUCUGCAUAUUUUUGUGAAGAAAAGAUAUAGAGAAAUCAUAAUCUUUAUGAAGUAGUAGAUGGAAAUGGUCAUAAAAUAAUACAUGAAAUAGUAUUUAAAGAUGUAGCUUAAUUGUUAGAUAAGAUAAGUCAUAUAAGUGCAUUUACAUUAUAAUUUACUAAUAAAAUUGGGGAAAAAAAUAGUCAUUCUGAUUCUUAAUAAUUAAAUAGAUUUUUAGCAGUGAAAGAUUUACUUUAAGCUGAAUUAGAUUAUAAUAAUGCUAAAUGUAAAAUAUUAUAAAUUGUAUAUCCUUUAUUAUCUAAAGCAAGAGUAUCAGAAUUGACUAAUGCUAUUAGUAUUCUAGCUAGAUUAAUUCAUUAAUAACCAUAAUUUAGAUAUGAUUAGAAUGUACUCAUUCAUUAUUCAGAAGCUACAAAGAGAUUGAAUCUAUUAAGUGAUAUUUUCAUUAAUACAAAAUCUUUGAAAUUAAUUUUGAAAUUAUUCUCUAUUAAAGAUAUUAAUAUUUUGGAAUAAACUUUGAAAUAUAUUAAAAGAGAUAGACUUAUAGAUAAAGAAUUUCCAUAUAAAUCAUUUUAUAAAGAUACAAUUUUAGAUUCUUAAAAUAAUUUAUCAUAAAUUUUAAAAUAAUUACCAGAAGAUGGAAAUUUUAAUAUAUUUUCACUAUUAGAAUUUUUAUUAUUGAGAAGGAAAUUCUAUAAGUUAUCCUUAAGAAUUUAUUAUCUUAGUAAUUUAUAUGGAUAAUAAAUUAAAGAGAGAGGUUUGAUUAAUAAAAUGAUAUAAAAAUUAGAAUUAAUUCCAAAUAGAGUUAUUGAUGAAAAAAACUUUGAUGUUUUCUCAAUAGUUAUGGAUGAAUAUUUAAAAAUUGGGAAAGAAUGUUAAUAAAUAGAAUUAUGGACAACUUUUGCUUCAGAUAAUUAUAAAAUGAUAGAUAUGCUCAUGCCUCUUAAAUCCUUAUUAUUAUUAGACUUCUAUUUAUUCAAUGCAAUUAAAAUAAAUAGGAAAUAAACACAUCAUUUUGUAGAUAUUAUUGGAUUAAAAGAAAGAUUAGCAUUAUAAGCUUAAACAAUUUAGAGGAAAGCCAAUAUUAUGUAGAGUAGUACAGCAGCAACUGAUUAAAAUAAUUAAGAUAAAUUAAAAUAGACAGCUAUUAGUAUGAUCUCUACUUAAUUUAGAGGUUCAUUAUUAGUUAAAAAUUUUGUUAAUAAAAUAUAAUAGAAUUAAUCAACUGCUUUAUAAGAAUUUAAUAAAUUAUUAACUUAAUAAUGUCAAUCAUUAGUAUUCACAUUAUAAGCUUUAGUAUAAAGAGAAUAAAUGAUUUAAUUAAAUUAAUAAUUACCAUUUGUAAAACCUUUAUUUACAGAAGAGCCAUUCUUAAAUGAAAUGUAAUAAAUCUAAAAUCCUUUUAUAAUUCAUAGUAUUCCCUCAAUUAUGAAUAUAAUUAAUUUUAAAGAUUUUGACAAUAAAUCAUCAAAUCUUGAAGUUGAUAAUUUGGGAGAUGAAGAUUGGAUAACAACAACUCGAUUAAAAUUAGAGAAAAAUGUUAGUCCUUUGUCUGCUAAUAGAAAACAACCUAAAUUUAAAAGUUCUGGAAAUCCAUUUUCAAAUAAUACUAAAUUCUAGGAACCCAUAUCUGGAUCAUAAUAAUUAGCUUUAUAAUUAGUACAAUUAUUAAUUGGUGUACAAUCAUGUAAUUGUAAUGUUUAAGAUCUUAUUUAUUUACAUCAAGGUAUGUUAGGAAUGGAAGAAUUGAAACGUAAUUAAUUGAGAUUAAGAAGAGAUUUAGAAAGUGUCUAUUAGUAGGUUUAAAAGUAUAAGGAUAAUAUUUCUAAGAUUUUAUCAAGUGGAAAUAUUUAGAAUAUGAAUUUAACUAUUAUGACAUAUUUAGAGAAGUUGAUAAAAAGAUUUCAUUUAUUAAUUAUUAUAACUAUGAUAUCAUCAGUACAUCAAUUCAGAAAAUAAAUUUAAGAUAAUAGUGAAAUUUAUCCAUAAAUAAUAUCUACAUUAAAAAAUGCAUUGAUUACUGGUUGUUUUAGAAAUAUGAGUCAUGUUGAAAGAUUAAUGGAUUAAGCACCAAAAGUUUAUCCUUCAAUCUAAACCAAAAAAAUUAUAAGUGAUAAAAUGAUGUUAUUGAAAUAUGCAUUUGGUUCAUAAUUUGUAUAAGCUCAUUAAACAAAUCCCAAUAAUGUACAUAUGCCACUUAAGGAAUUUUAAUUUGAAGAUUUUUAUACAUAAUUAUCACCUUAUAUGAUUCCAUCAUAGUAAAUAUUAUUUAGAACUUAGAAAAUCAAUUAUAAUAUUGAAACUUUCUUAUCAUCUGUUAUUGAUCUAUUUCCUAAUGCAAUGGCUAAUUUAUUUACUCUAUUUCCUUAAUCAAAAUUGAUAUAUUAUUCAACAAUAUAAGAUUUAAUAAUUUCAGAAUCAGAAUCAAUAUUAAGAGAUAAAUGUAUUUUUGAAGUAGAUGAUCUAUUUAAAUAUGAAAGAGCAUAUAGAAAACUUUUAGUGUUAUAAUUUCGUUAUUUAGUAUUAUCAGAAUUUUUUACAGUAUAAAAAAGAUAAAUAUUACCUUUUUCUUCAGAUACUAAUGAUCCAUGUACUUAAUGGCUUGAGAAUUGUGUAGAGUUAUGUGAUAAAAAUAUGCAUAAAUAAUAAUUGAAAGCUGGACUCUUAUUAAAUGCACUUCCUGGUGUUAAUAAAUAAGUUAAUGAACUUAAAAAGGGAUCUAAAACAACAAGAAUGAAUUAUGAACCAUCAUAAGAGAAGUUUUCAAUUUUACCUAGAUUAAGAUUAGAGAGUUUUGAAAAUUAAGUAUUUUAAUUAAUUUCAAUGAUGAUUGGAUGUUAGGCUAUAUUUUAAGAGGAAGGGAAACAAUAUUAUUAAUAGUUAAACAAUUAAUUAAAUAAAAUGGAUUAACCUUAUUAAGUGGCUAAAUAAUUAAAUGUGUUUUAUAGUAAUUUAGAAAGAGAUUCAUUAAAAAUAAUGACAUUGAAUAAAGGUUAUGCACAUGUUAUAGCUGAUAAUGAUUUAGAUAAGCAUUUAAAUGAUUUUAAUAGAAGAAUGUUGGAUUUCAAUAAAGCAAAUUAUCCAAAUCAUGUAAUUAUUGAAAAUGAAUCAUUAUAAAGAAUGUAUAAUUAAAAAUCAAUAGAAUUAAGAUUUGCAAUGAAAAAGAUUAAGUUUUAUGAAUCAAAUAUAAAUCAUAUAGUAGAAAGUUUGGUUGCAUAAAGGACAAAUGAUUUAAUAUUUGAAAAUGAUGCAUUGAAAUAAUAAAUAGAAUAGAUGAUGAAAAGUUUUGAUAUAGAGAAAUAGAAACAGAGAGACAAGAUUAAAGAAGAAUUUUCUGAGUAAAUUCGUACUUAAGAUGUAUUAAUAUAAUAAAUGUAAAAUCGAUUUUAAGAUUAUAAGAGAGGAAUUUCAAUGGAGAUGACAAAUUUUAUAUAAGAAUAUAAAACAGAUGGAUUGAAAAGAGUUAGAGAUAAAGCAUCUGAAGCAUUAUUUGGUUAGGUUAAUAAAUUGAAUAUAGAUUUAGAUGUAGAAUAUUAAAGAGUAGGAGUUUAUGAUAAAUUUAAAGAAGAUAGUGAGUAAAUAAAUUCUUUAUUUUCAUCAUUAAAAAAAUUAAGAACAUUUUAUUUAUGGAAAGAGAUGUGUAUAAGAGAAAGAUUUGAGAAAUAAAUAUAAAUAAUAGUAGCAGCAAAUUCAAGCAAUGAAGAAUUAUAAUAAAAGAUUUAAUAAUUAACAGAGAAUGUUGAGAUAUUGAAGGAUGAAUUAAUAUAAAAUAGAAAGAUUAUAACAAUAAUGGAUAAUUAAAACUAGAUUUUAAGAAGAGAUCUUUAAAAAUUAAAGAUAGAAAGAUUUUAAGCUAUGAGAGAGAAAGGAUAAUUGGGAGCAAUAGCUACUUAUUAAGAUUAAGAAUAAUAAUUAGAAGAAUAAAGAAAAUAAGUUAUAGAAGCAAAGAAAGAAUAAUAAUUUAAAAAUUCUAGACCUAUUACUGCUUCAUCUAUAACAAGAUCAAUAAAAUCAGCAUAGAAAGUAUAAAAAUUGUCAACCACUUAAAGUGUGCCAAAAUUAGGAACAUCUUAAAUGAUGUCAAAUUAAAAGGGAACAUUAACAAUGAAAUAUAAAAUUACAUCUUGAUUUUAUUAUAUAUAUAUAUAUAUUUAUAUAUAAAAUUAAGUAUUUAUAUGUUAAGAUUAGCCACUUAGGCAAUUAAAAAUAUGGUGCAAAUUGUACCAAUUAUUAGACCUAUACAAUUUUGUUAGAAACCAAUAUAAUUCUUUGGAUUAGCUAGAUUAUUUAAAUAAACUCGUAUAAGUGGAUAGGCUAGAUCUAAAACAAAAUCUUCAAGUUCAAGUUGGAAAUCAAGAAUCAGAACUCAAAAUAGAUUAUAUAAGAUUGGAAAUCAUAAAGGAUUAAUGAAAAGAGUUAAAAUUGUUGGUCCAAGGAGAGCUAGAAGACUUAAGUUUAAGUCUCCUGGAUCUAGGCAUCUUAAUCGAAAUUGUUCAAAAGCUAAUUUAAGAAGAAAAAGACGAACUAGAUAUAUAAGUGAUGUUGAUAUGCCAAGAAUGAGAAAGCUGUUACCAUUAAUGAAGAGAUAGAAAUGUAAAAGAGGAUCUUGAGU